CCGCGCCGCGAGGAGGAAGAACCGCAGCGCACGGAGCGAAUCCGGGGGGCUGCGGCUCCCCCCGCUCUGCCCCCCGCCAGCCCUAAACCAACCCUGAGCCAGCCCAAAACCAGCCCUAAACCAGCCCCGAGCCAGCCCUAAGCCCAGCCCAGCUCCCAGGCAACUUUGGCUGUGCCUGCUCUUCCCGGGUGACAUUCCAGCGGAGCGGCCGCUCGGGACACAGCCCCCAAACUUUCCCGGCAAUUUCUGCCGCUGGAAGGGCUGGGAAGGUCGGAAGAGGCGGCCCCGCUGCCCCCCCGGUUGUGCCCGGUGUCCCCCCCAGCGCCGGUUCGCACCGGAGCCCCUCGGCCGCCGCCGCCCCCCGACCAUGGCAGCGCUGCCCGGGACGGUGCCGCGGAUGAUGCGCCCGGCGCCGGGGCAGAACUACCCCCGCACCGGCUUCCCGCUGGAAGUGUCCACCCCGCUGGGCCAGGGCAGGGUGAACCAGCUCGGAGGGGUUUUCAUCAACGGGCGCCCGCUGCCCAACCACAUCCGCCACAAGAUCGUGGAGAUGGCUCACCACGGCAUCCGGCCCUGCGUGAUCUCCCGGCAGCUCCGCGUCUCCCACGGCUGCGUCUCCAAAAUCCUCUGUCGCUACCAGGAGACGGGAUCCAUCCGGCCCGGGGCCAUCGGCGGCAGCAAGCCCAGGCAGGUCGCGACUCCCGACGUGGAGAAGAAAAUCGAGGAAUACAAGCGGGAGAACCCCGGGAUGUUCAGCUGGGAGAUCCGGGACCGGUUGCUCAAGGACGGGCACUGCGACCGCAGCACGGUGCCCUCAGGUUUAGUGAGUUCGAUUAGCCGCGUGCUCCGCAUCAAAUUCGGCAAGAAAGAGGAGGACGAGGACUGCGACAAGAAGGAGGAGGACGGCGACAAGAAGGCCAAGCACAGCAUCGACGGCAUCCUGGGCGACAAAGGGAACCGCCUGGACGAGGGCUCGGACGUGGAGUCGGAGCCGGACCUGCCGCUGAAGCGGAAGCAGCGCCGCAGCCGCACCACGUUCACGGCGGAGCAGCUGGAGGAGCUGGAGAAGGCGUUCGAGAGGACGCACUACCCCGACAUCUACACCCGCGAGGAGCUGGCCCAGCGCACCAAGCUCACCGAGGCCCGCGUGCAGGUGUGGUUCAGCAACCGGAGGGCGCGCUGGCGCAAGCAGGCCGGUGCCAACCAGCUGGCAGCCUUCAACCACCUGCUGCCAGGGGGCUUCCCACCCGCGGGCAUGCCAGCCCUGCCCCCGUACCAGCUGCCAGACUCCUCCUACCCCAGCACCACCAUCUCCCAAGACGGCAGCAGCACCGUGCACCGGCCGCAGCCGCUGCCGCCCUCCACCAUGCACCAGGGCGGCCUGGCCGCCGCUGCCGACUCCGGCUCUGCCUACGGCGCCCGGCACAGCUUCUCCAGCUACUCCGAGAGCUUCAUGAACGCCGCAGCCCCCGCCAACCACAUGAACCCCGUCAGCAACGGCCUCUCCCCGCAGAAGCAGGGUGCCCAAAACAAGAUGCAGUGCUCCCGCUGGAACCUCACCAUAGCCCUGAACAAUCAGGUGAUGAGCAUCCUGAGCAACCCCAGCGGAGUCCCUCCUCAGCCCCAGGCCGAUUUCUCCAUCUCUCCCCUCCACGGCGGCCUGGACAGCACCAACUCCAUCUCGGCCAGCUGCAGCCAGCGCAGCGACUCCAUCAAGUCCGUGGAGAGCCUCCCCACCUCGCAGUCCUACUGUCCCCCCACCUACAGCACCACCAGCUACAGCGUGGACCCCGUGGCCGGCUACCAGUACGGCCAGUACGGCCAGACCGCCGUGGAUUACCUGGCCAAGAACGUGAGCCUGUCCACGCAGCGGCGCAUGAAGCUGGGCGAGCACUCGGCCGUGCUGGGGCUGCUGCCGGUGGAGACGGGCCAGGCUUACUGAGAGCCCGACGUGACACCACGAGAGCCCUCUGGAGACCCCCACGGCUCCCGGGGAUCCUUCCCGACCCAUUCCACCCCAGCUGCCCGGAGAUGGGAACGAGGGGGGAGCUCUCCCCGCAUCCAGCUCCUCCAGAGCAUUCCAGAGGCAAGUCCGGCCCCUGGGGCCUGGCUCCUCCUGUGGCCGGAGACAACGGCUUGGGUGCAUUUAUCAACCCCAGCCGCCCCUCCAAAGCCCCUGGCCACGGCAUUCCCCCACACUCCAGGACUUUGCAUUCCCUAGGUAGCUGGCAUAGUCAAAGCCAAAUUGAGCGCUUUUUUGUUUUCUUUGUAAAAGAAAUAUUUCCUUUUUUUUUCCCCUUUUUUUCCCCUUUUCUUUCUGUUGCUGUAAAUUUGGUGAAUGUUGUAUAGGAAGGAAUAACCAAGCUGAGCAUUAAGGGUGAUGUAAAUUGGGACCACAGAAGACCUAUGGACCAAAUAUAAGGACUUGUUAAAAACAAACAAACAAACCAACCAACCACAAAGACAAACGAAAGCAGAAGAACAUUUAUUCAAGGGACAGCAAAUUUCCCCAGGCCAGCCUUACCCUCCCUUCUCACCGGUGGCUUCCCAAAGCAGGGCUGGACGGGCCAGAUCUCUGCUGAGCAGGGGCAGGAUGGGAUUCCAGCCAGCCUGGGACCUUGGGGAAACACCAACAGCUGCAGGAGGAGCAGAGACAAAGGGCACAGGAAACAUUCACUUCUCUGAGGGACCAUCCCAGACCUGACUGUCACCGCCAGGACACGGCAGCAGAGCGGGGACAGUGGGGACAGAGCUGGCCUGGCACGAGGAGGGGCUGCAGAGAAACCCUGGGGACAUGGGCAGGGCUCCUGGUGGCCCUGCUGUCCCUCAGCUGGCCAAAGGAGCGAAGACAAGAGGGCAUGGCCAGGAACUCAGUGAGCAGAGCCGGGUUCUGCCACGGGAGUCACCUGGAAGGGAACAGAGCCAGGUCUGAAGGUGCUGCCCUGGCCAGAGAUGGAUGGGAGCCAGGUCUGGAGGUGCUGCCCUGACCAGGAGUGAACAUGGAGCCAAGACAGAGGACCUGACAGGUUUCUGCAGCAGCCAGGGUGGGAAGGUGCUUCCAGCUGCCCCUCUCCACACUGCAGGGAUGAGAUUCACCUUCCUGAGGCAUUCGUGUUAUCACUGCUGGGAGAAAGCUGGAGAUCCAUCCAUCCAUCCAUCCAUCCAUCCAUCCAUCCAUCCAUCCAUCCAUCCAUCCAUCCAUCCAUCUCCCAGCAUAGCCCAGCUUCCCUCUGCUGCUGGAGCAUGUCUCUCUCUCCCCCCCUCCAAGCUGUUCCUGUUCUCUGGAUUUAUCCCCCCCACACCUUUUCUUCUCUCCUGCCUGUGUCACCUCCUGUCCCUACUCAGACAAACCCAGGUCAUCCCCAAGUCACCAUGAAGGCAUCACAGUGUCCCCACAGGCAGUUCUGCGUCCCCACAGGCAGUUCCAUGUCCCCAGGGGCUGUCAGGGUUUGUGAUGCCCUGAACCCCUUCAGUUAUCUGCUUUCACAGCAAAUUUCUGCCUUUGUGCACCGAGGGACCCCAUGGUGGGAAUAGUUUUGCUCUGGCUGCUGAAGGAGCCUCCCCUCAUCCUCCAUUCUGCCUCUCCCCCCAUUCCCAACCCAACUGAACCUGUUCUGGCAGCUGGAACAUCUGGAACAUCUCCCUGGGCUCUUCCUCUGCCGCCAUUCAUCACGAGCCACCAGGGCCACUGUCCCUGCAGCCACCUGGACCAGCUCACCUGUCCUGGAUUCCCAGUGUCCCAUCAGAGCCACGCCAGCUUUGCUUCCCGGCUCUGGCAGCGCAGGCUCGACAUUCCCAGAGGGAUUUUCCUGCACCUCUCACACAGGAGCAGAAUCCUGAGGCUCAGUUCUCCAGAAAUCCCAACACAGAGUCCAAACAUUCCCUGGAUCCCAGAGUUUGGGAGCAAUUCCAUUCCCACCUCCUCUCCUGGGGGCAGCGCGUGCGAGAGAGGCCAAAGGGACACAAACCCCAGAGGGGACAGGGCAGCCCCAAUGCCCUGGGCUGGUCGGGUGACCCCGAGACCUCUCCCUGCUGUGCUCUGGAAAUCUCGGGGAGCAGUGAAACCUCUGCUGGUUUGUGGGGUUUGUGCUCUAAAGGAAAAGGGAACCCUGCAGAAUUCCAGUCCUGGCUGAAAUGUCCUUCCCAGCAGGAGCCCCGAAGGGAUCCAGGGCUGUCUCCACGCCGUGAUGGAAGCACCUGCUGGAGUUUCUCUGGGCACCAUCCACAGGAACUGCUAAAAUGAGAGAUUUCCUGAUAAAUAACAAUAUUUAACAACAUUUCAGAUUUAACAACAUUUCAGAGGCCAAACACUGACGAUCCUCAGCUGGGGGCACCUUCCUGACUGAGCCCUGUUCCUUGCUGGAAUUCCACCGUGCCAAUAUCUGCUCCUUGCUGGAAUUCCACUGUGCUAAUCCUGCUCCCUGCUGGAAUUCCACCAUGCCAAUCCUGCUCCUUGCUGGAAUUCCCGACCCAGCACCCUCCUGGCCUCCUGCUCAGCCACAAGGAAAGUUUCCAUCAUUCCACAGAACCGCUUGGCUGCUGCUCCUGCUCUGAUCUCCUCUCUUAUCUCCCCUCCUCACCAAUGGACAGCCGGGCCUGGCCGCCUCACCCGAGGGCAGGACCCCAAAAAAAACCCCAAAAUAAAAAAGAGGGAGCACUGCAGAAACCUCUCUGCCAAUCCCCUUCCCCAGAAAGUCCGUGGGCAGCCGGGCACUGCUGUAAAUAGAAUUCCUAGAGGAACAAAAUAGCUCUUCUCUGACCUUCCCCUCGUGGUCGCACUUUGUAAAUUUAGUUGGGAAAUUUGGUCAUGUGCUGUAUGUUUAUAGAAAGUUGACUUUUUUUUUAUAUAUACUAAAAAAAAUCAAAACCACAGUGAGUGCCGUGAUAGUUAAAAAAAAGAAAAAAAGAAAAAAAAAAAGAAAGAAAAAUUUUAAAAUAGAAAAAAAAAAAGAAAAAAGGGAUGGGGGGAUGAACUGUAGAAAUUUGCCUAUUGUGUGUUUUCAAAAGACAUUCCAGAAUCUUUGGGGUGGGAUGGGGUUGAUUUCGGGUUUUUUUUCCUUUUUCUUUUUUUUUUGUCUUUUUUUUUUUUGUUUCUUCCUUUUGUUCAUGUAUGAAAGCCAAAAGUAACUUUUGGUUUUGUUCUGUUGGUUCAGUUUUGUUUCAUGGAUUGCCAACCUCAGCUCUGCUGACGAGAGACAAA